AUGAAGAUCACAUUAUUGGUCUUUACAUUAUGCAUGGCGACAAUAAUGAUUGAUGCCUAUCCGUCGAGGCAUGCAAUGAUUGAAAAGCGCAAGGAUAAUGCCAUAUCUGAAAUAGAUGAUCAAGUCGACGAUGAAUACGUCCUUUUAAAAUUACCCAAAAGCUGGGCUAAGGAAUAUCUUGGAGAAUUAUUAAAUCAUUAUUUAGAACGCCAAGAAGCAGAAGUCAGUUCAUUUCGUGACGAUAAAUUACCUAAAGAAUUUGUCGCCCGAAGCAACUUGAAAGCUUUUGGGGUAAAUAGAAAUUCCUUCAAUUUUACAAUGAAAUUAAUUUAA